UAUUGGGGCGGCGAGUGAGUGUAGCCUCGCUGAGGAAAGGCAAGCUCCGUCGGGCAAGUCGAUGGAAUAACAGCCGCUUUGGCCCCUUAGAGAAGCGGGUCGGAGCGGGAAGAGAAAUGGCGGUGGAUAAGGAGCUGCUGGAGCUGGACUUGUACGCGCUGCUGGGAGUUGGCGAGAAGGCGUCGGAUAAAGAGAUUAAGAAAGCCUACAGACAGAAGGCCUUGUCCUGCCAUCCAGAUAAAAAUCCAGACAAUCCCAAAGCAGCUGAACUCUUCCAUCAGUUGUCUCAAGCUUUGGCAGUUCUAACAGAUGCAGCAGCAAGGGCAGCAUAUGAUAAAGUGAGGAAAGCAAAGAAACAGGCAGCAGAAAGGACUCAGAAACUUGAUGAAAGGAGGAAAAAAGUCAAACUUGAUCUUGAAGCCCGGGAAAAAGAAGCCCAGUCCCAGGUUAGCAAGGAGGAAGAGAUCCAGAUAACUAGGACAUUAGAGCAAGAGAUCCUACGGUUACGUGAGGAGGGAUCCCGCCAGCUGGAGGAACAGCAAAAACUUAUCCAGGAACAAAUACGACUUGAGAAAGAACAGCGAGUACGAGGCAAACAUGAUGGGUAUGGAGAGGAGGGCAAAGGAACACCCAAGCUCAAACUACGCUGGAAAUGCAAGAAAGAAGAUGAAACUAAAGGAGGCUACUCAAAAGAAGUUCUUCUGCAAAUCCUACAAAAGUAUGGCGAGGUUCUGAAUUUGCUAAUCUCUAGCAAGAAGACUGGGAGUGCGGUUGUGGAAUUUGCCACGGUGAAAGCAGCUGAGAUGGCAGUGAAGAAUGAAGUUGGCCUGAUAAGCAAUCCUCUAAAAAUCUCCUGGCUAGAGGGCCAACCACAGAGCAAUCCUGUGUUUGCUGAUGGCACCAGCCUGCCACAGAUAUCCAAGGGUUCGGUUGUCUCGGAACGGGAUUACGAAAGCCUUGUGAUGAUGCGGAUGCGCCAAGCCGCUGAGAGACAGAAGCUGAUUGAGCAGAUGAAACAGGAAGAUGAGGAAGAACCUUCCACAUAGUACAAGGAGAAAAAUAGCAUUAUCUUGUGUGUUUGCUUAUACUUAAAUUAAGUCAAUAAAUAUCCUUUUUAAAAA